AUGGAAGCCAGCAGUGUGUCCGUGCUGUGGUACAGGAGGUCCAAACCUCUGGGGAAGGUCAGGCGACGGGUUCAAGACCUCCGCAUCCCUUCCUCUUAUUACUAUGACUUUACAGCCGUCAGACCCAUGUUGGACCUGAGCCACAACGAGAGCACUCGGCUGGCAGUGGACUGCCUGCUCACCCGGGGCGUAGAGGGGUACCAGGAGGUGUUAAACGUAGAGGGGGAAGUGGACUUUCUGUCAGAGCUGGAAAAGAAGUACAUCCUGGAAAAUGGAAGAGAUGGCAGUACAGCUGAUCCUGCUGCAUCUGAUGAUGAUGAUGAUGAUGAUGAUGAUGAUGAUUACAAAGAUUUAGUGAGCUCAUCAGCUGGCUCCCAGUCCGCCACAAAAUGCCCUGCAGUCUCCACAGACAGUGAUCCCACAGUGGCAGGUUUUGACCAGAGCAAUGUAAAAGAUGUGAAGUGGACUGAUCCUGUCCUGAGUGAGCCCCGUGUUCAGCUUUAUUUCCAGUCAGAUAGCAGAGGAGCUGGCAUGAAAGAUGUGGUCAGGGAGUUCAUCAGAAAGGCUAAACUGGCCCUGGCCAUAGUGAUGGACAGCUUCAGUGACGUAGAGCUGCUCUGUGAUCUUCUGGAGGCCAGCAGGAAGAGGAAUGUGUCUGUUCACCUGCUGUUGGAUCAUCUCAACCUGAACCUGUUUGUUACCAUGUGGCAGGACCUCAAACUCAACAGUAAAAACUUCCCUAAACUGUCAGUGUGCAGCGUCGACGGACAGACCUACUGUGCCAAGACAGGCAGGAAGCUGACAGGUCAGAUUGCUGAGAGUUUUAUCAUCACUGACUGGACUGAGGUGCUGACUGGCUCAUACAGUUUCUCCUGGCUUUCCUGGCAGGUGCAUCGGAGUCUUGCUGUUCUUGUAAAGGGCAGCGCCGUCACACCUUUCCACGAGGAAUUCCACAGGCUCUACUCCAGCUGCAAACCAGUCCCCGGCUUUGUCACUUUUAUCGCUGCACCUCGUACUCCCCCUCUUCACAUCACAUCGCAUGCAGCUCAAAAUGAAAACAUUGGUAUUAGUAAGUCAAAAUCAAGUCAGACCAAAACAGUGUGCCACUGGGCUUGGAAUGAAGAUGCUCAAAAGACUCAAACAAAAGCAAAAAUGCCAGUUUUAACCAAUCCACAGAGCCCAGAACUGGAGUGCAACAGAGGUGAUAACCAGCCUCAACAUAGAGCAGGUAUAGGUACACAAACAAACACAAAACCUCCACUGCUGUACCCAAAACCGCUGGCUCAGCCAGGAACAUCGCAGAGUGUAUCUGUGGAAAAGCCAAAACAUACACUGAUCGGUGCCUCUGCGCAGCAUGAUGAAAAAACACAGGUGGAACCUCUGGAGAAGAAUCAAACCCAGGUCCAGAGUCAUUCAAAAACUCUUGGUCAGACCGACGCCUCAUACAAUCAGUCGCAGGCUGCCGGUCUUACAGCCGCCACCACCACCACAGAUGAAAAGAGUGCAAAGGUUCAAGAGUCAAACCCUCUUCACACUCAACAAGUAAAGACAGGCUUUCAGUACUCUUGGAUCAAUUCAAGAGGACAAGUCUACUCUCUAGAAACCAGGAGACAAGAUCAGUCCCAGAGGCUCCAGCAACCCCCCCAUCAGUCGUACCCAACCACAGAGGCUGCAGCCAUGGGAACUCAGCUGAAGCCUCAUCUCCAGGCAGAUGAGUUGUUCUCCACAGGUACAAGAGCCAGGCUGCACCUACAGCCCCUAACCUCCCAGCAGGCGAAGCCCCCUCCGAGGCUGAACUGGAUGCUCCAGAGUCACACCGCAAGACCCAGGCUGGUGGCUCAAACCAGCUCCUUUGACACCGCCAACGGGGCGAGACAGAAAAUGGGUGGACAGCCGGGCUGGAGGCCUGUUCAUGGUAACAUGAACGCAUCGCUGGGAAGGAGCAAGAGCUUGACUGACAGACACACAGCAGGAUUCAAAGGAGCAGGACUUGACAGGACCUGA